AGAUACCGGUAUACGACGUGAAAAGCCAUCUAGCCGUCGGACGAGUGAGACGUCAGAAGAAAUUUGGGAAGUAGGUGAGAAAUAGUCAGAAAGAGCACCCACCGGUAUCUGUUGCAACAAUACGCAAGGCUGAAAUAGGCUGAGGAAAGGGAAACGAGUUUAAAACAGUUUAAAGCGGCGGGUUAGCCAGUUAUCACUUUGUAAUCAAAGAGGAAUUAAGAGUAAGUGAAAACUACCAGGCUAUCUCUGUCCACUCGCUUUCUGAGAGUCCAGAGGUUGGUUGAAUUUCGGCGGGACCCGGUGACAAGCUGUGACACCUGCUACAGGACCGCAACCUCUGGACCUCCAGAGCAGUAACACGGGGGGGAUAUAUUUGACAACCCAUCCGAGCCUGUAGAGUCUGUGCUCCGAAAAGGAGGCGGAGGAGGAGGAGAGCACGGCAGGCACAAAGAGCGGAGAGCAUCCAGAGAGGGGGGGAAGGAGGACGGGACAACAACGGGGACCCAAAAGCGAGCACCCCUUCUUUAAUUUCUAAUCCACACAAGGCAACACUGUGCCUAUAAGCGUCCUCUGCAAACGGGAUCCUGAGCGCUGUUUAACCACCAAAAGGGCUACCUGCUCCUGAUCUGUCUGCCCCUCGGCCCCCGAGUACCCAGUCGUCCGCUCCACACUGUCCUGAUGAAGGAGGCUGACGCCAUCAAGCUAUUUGUGGGGCAGAUUCCCCGGAAUCUGGAAGAGAAGGACCUGAAGCCUAUCUUUGAGCAGUUUGGCAAAAUCUAUGAGCUAACUGUGAUUAAAGACAAAUACACUGGCAUGCACAAAGGAUGUGCGUUUCUGACGUACUGUGCAAGAGAUUCAGCCCUGAAAGCCCAGAGCGCUCUUCAUGAGCAGAAAACGCUACCAGGGAUGAAUCGGCCAAUCCAGGUGAAACCAGCUGACAGUGAGGGCAGAGGAGAGGACAGGAAAUUGUUUGUGGGCAUGCUGGGAAAGCAACAGAGUGACGAGGAUGUCAGAAGACUGUUUGAGCCCUUUGGAAGCAUAGACGAGUGUACUGUGUUGAGAGGACCUGACGGCACUAGCAAAGGAUGCGCUUUUGUAAAAUACCAAGGACACUCUGAAGCACAGGCUGCCAUCAACAGCUUGCAUGGGAGCCGCACAAUGCCUGGAGCGUCAUCCAGUCUGGUGGUGAAGUUUGCCGACACAGAGAAGGAGCGGGGACUGAGGAGGAUGCAGCAGGUGGCCUCCCAGCUCAGCAUCUUCAGCCCCAUGACCCUCAACUUCCCCGCCUACAACGCCUACACACAGGCAGUCAAUGCACAGCUUGUUCAACAGCAGGCCCUGGUUGCCCAGUCAGCGUACUUGUCUCCUGUGGCAACAGUUGCCGCCGUACAGAUGCAGCAGAUGGCGGCACUCAAUGCCAACGGAAUCAUUGCCACACCCAUUACAUCCAUCGCGCCAUCUUCGGGUACAAACACUCCACCAACUAUGGCAGCAACGCCUGUGCCAGCUCUCCCUCCUCCAAUGGGAGUGAAUGGCUACAGCAGUUUGCCCGCCCCCACCAAUGGACAACAAGCAACAGAAGCCCUCUACACCAAUGGCGUUCACCCAUAUCAAGCUUGCUUUUUUUCUCGCUCUUCAGCUCAGAGUCCAGCAGCUCUGGACCCUCUACAGCAGGCAUAUGCAGGCAUGCAACACUACACAGCGGCGUAUCCUGCUGCUUACGGAUUGGUUGGGCAGCCGUUCCCCCAGCAGCCAACACUGGUUGCCCAGCAACACCAGCAGCCCCAGCAACAGCAGCAGAGAGAAGGUCCAGAGGGCUGUAACAUCUUCAUCUACCACCUGCCUCAGGAGUUCAGUGACUCCGAGAUGCUGCAGAUGUUCCUGCCCUUUGGCAAUGUCAUCUCUGCGAAGGUGUUUGUUGACCGAGCCACCAACCAGAGCAAAUGCUUCGGAUUUGUGAGUUUUGAUAACCCAGCCAGCGCUCAGGCUGCCAUCCAGGCCAUGAAUGGUUUCCAGAUCGGCAUGAAGAGACUGAAAGUGCAGCUCAAAAGGCCCAAAGACGCCAACCGUCCAUACUGAGUGAUAUAUGAGAGGAAGAAGAAGACAUGAAAAAGAGGUGAUCAUUCAGAGUCCAGCUGAGGUGGAAUCCCAGGGUUCAUAGUGCUUUCAGACUGUCUGCUACCUUUGAGCGUCCGGGGAGUGCAGCACACACAACACACACACACACACACACACACACACACACACACACACACACACAUACACAAAAAUACACAUGCACUCUGAACACUGAAUCUCAAAUGGUACAAUGCUGAUAUACAAAUGUACAUAAAAUGCACAAACAUUCACACCUGCUGACACACAAAUACACACAUUUGACACAAGUCAGUAAAUUUACAUAUAACAGCCAAGAGGUUGGAAUGACGAUGGUCUGUUUGCAGUUUGCCAACAGGGUGUUUAGUACAGUUAAGAUGACUAAGCGUAUAAGGAAGGUACUGAUGAGAAUAUACCAUGUCUGUUACAUGACAAAUAUAAAGGGGCUGAUGUUUCAUAAUUAAAAAAACGAAAGAAAGUACAAAAAAGACGACUAAAUGAGUAGGUUAGAGAGACUUUGGAGAAAAUCAUAAUGAUGUGUAAAUAAUUUAGUUUACAAAGAGCUGCAUUUAAAAAAAACAGGAAAAAUGCAAAAAGAAUACUACUUUAGAUAAACACUGGAAAGGACACAGCAACAUUAUUGUUAUUAUUAUUAUUAUUAUUAUUAUUAUUACCACUAGUACCAUCAUCAUCCUCAUUAAGGGAUAUUACAUUCCAAAUUGUAAAAUGGGAAAUCACUAACCUAUUUUAAAUUUCUACUUAGAUUUUAGGUGAAACUUGGGGGAGGGGGGAUUGCACUUUUAUUCGGGAGGUUUUAAUAUUUGAGCUAUUUUUUAUUUAUUUACUAAUUUAUCAAUUAUUUUGUUUAUUGGGAGAAGGGGUUUGAGUGGGUUGCAAUAUUUUAAUUUUAGAAUUUUCUAGAGAAAAAAAAAACCUUUUGAGGGCCUGUUUCUGUCAGACUCUUGCAAUGGAGUAAUUAUAAUGUAUGUAUUAAUUAUUACAGCAAUUAUAUUUAUUUCUAAUUUAUUGAAUCCUGUUUUUGAUCCACUCUCUUUUUAAGUUAAAAUAAAAAGUAUCAU